CUUCCUUGCCCGCAAUAGUAGGGUUCUAUGAUUGGGGAUUUCAAAAAUUGACUUGAAUAAUUACCACUAUCCGAUAGACUUACGAUCAACCCAAAAAAAGAAAGAAAAAGAAGAAGAAAUCAUGGACCCCACCACCGAACUGAACAUCAACGUCGACCUCGACAUCCAAGACCUCCUCCUAGCCGCCUCCCAACACGACCUCCCCAAACUCCGCCGUCUCAUCCGCACCAACCCCUCCCCCUCGCUCGCCAACCCGGUGAACGCCCGAGACCCGGAGACGGGGUUCACGCCGCUCCACGCGGCGGUCGCCGCCUGCGAGCCGGACGACGAGGACGAACAGCAACAGGAGCACAAACCCGUCGUCAACGGGACCACCAACGGCACCGAAAACCAGACUUCAGAGGUGGAGAAGAGCGCGCUGGAGACGGUGCGGUUCCUGCUGCUGGAGGGCGCGAUCUGGAAUGAUCUGGAUAAGAAUGGGGAGACGCCCGGGUGUAUUGCGCGGCGGGUGGGGAUGCGCGAGGUCUACGAGGCGAUUGUUGAUGCGGGCGUGAGGGCGGAGUUGUUGUUGGGGCGGUUGGAUGGGUAUGCGGAGUUGUCUGAUGGGGAUGAUGAUGAGGAUGAGGAGAUGCAGGGGGGUGAGGAUGAGGGGGAGGGGAAGGAGGAUACUGAGCAGGAGCAACAACAGGACGAAGAGGGCGUGCCGGAGUUGGUGGACGCCAGCGCCGCCGUAGCGGACGCACAAACCGCAGGCACAGGCCUCGACAGCAACAACCCCAACACGGACGUCACGCAAUCCCGCUACCUCGAUUCCGGCCUGACCUUCCAACGCGACCGGCUCCUCGAUCAAGAUCAGAACGGCGUGAUGAUGGCCUGGGAGACGGAGAUCAUGAACAGGUCGGCCAAGUCCCUCCUCCCGACGCCCGGGCUGCGGGUGCUCAACAUCGGCCACGGCAUGGGUAUCGUCGAUGGCUUCUUCCAGGACCAGGCCCCCGCGGCGCACCAUAUCGUCGAGGCGCACCCGGAGGUCGUAGCCGAGAUGAAGCGCAAGGGCUGGCAUGAGAGGCCCGGCGUCGUCAUCCACGAGGGCCGCUGGCAGGAUAUUCUCCUCGCGUUGGUCGCCGAGGGCGAGAUGUUCGACGCCAUCUACUACGAUACCUUUGCUGAGUCGUAUAACGAUUUCCGCGAGUUCUUCACCGAGCAGGUCAUUGGGCUACUCGAGCAGGAAGGCAAGUGGAGUUUCUUCAACGGCAUGGGCGCCGAUCGCCAGAUCAGUUAUGAUGUGUACCAGAAGGUAGUGGAGAUUGAUCUGCUCGAGGCUGGGUUCGAUGCCGACUGGGAGGAGUUCGAUGUGCCCACUUUGGAGGGCGAGUGGAGCGGCGUACGGAGGCCGUACUGGGCGAUUGAGAAGUACCGCCUGCCGCUGUGCAGAUAUAUGGAUUAGAUGAUUCAGCACAAGUAUAUGAAGCAAUGAACUGUGUUGGUAAUGUCUACAAAUGUGAUGGCAGCGCAUUCAAAAUCAAGCGGUG